AGGAAUAAAAAAUUAUACAAUGGAAAUUUCCACUUUUAAAACAAGAACAUCAUCUAAUACAUUGAAUAAUAAGAGAAUUGAUUCAAUUGCCAAAUUUCGAUCAACUGAUACAUUCAUUCAUGAUGGAAAUCGAGGUCAAUGGGCCAAUAAAACUGAAUUUAUAUUGUCAUGUAUAAGUUAUGCUAUUGGACUUGGAAACAUUUGGCGUUUUCCGUAUUUAUGUUACGCUAGUGGAGGAGGAGCUUUUCUUAUUCCUUACUUAAUAAUGUUGUUCGUUUGUGGAUUACCAUUAUUUUAUAUGGAAAUAAUUAUUGGUCAAUUUUCGAGUACGGGUGUUUUAGGAAUGUUUCGACUGUGUCCGAUAUUUAAAGGAGCUGGUUAUGCAAUAAUUGUUGUAAAUUUGUAUAUAAUAUGCUAUUUUUCGGUCAUUAUUAGCUAUCCAGUUUUAUAUAUGACAAAAAUUCUUAAUCCAAUAAUACCAUGGAAUGAUUGUUCAAAUGACUGGAAUACGAAAAAUUGUCUAUCUUUGACAAAUCAUUUCCAAAAUGCCAGCGAUGUCAACAAUUUAGUAAACAGUUUUAAAACGCCAUCUGAUGAAUUUUUUCAUAUCCAAAUAUUACAAGCAUCAAAUGGAAUCGAUGAUAUUGGAGGCAUUGUUUGGCCUUUAUUUUUCAGUUUGCUUUUUGUUUGGAUUUUAACCUACAUUUGUAUAUCGUGUAGUGUUAAAAGUAUUGGAAAAGUUGUGUAUUUUACAGCAUUAUUCCCAUAUGUUAUUUUAACUAUUUUACUGAUACGUGGGGUUACAUUACCGGGAGCUUGGAAAGGAAUAAAAUUUUAUAUAGAACCAGAUUGGAAUAAGCUUCUAGAUUUAAAAGUGUGGGCUGAUGCUGCAUUACAAAUUUUCUAUUCUUUGGGACCCGGAUGGGGUGGAAUUGUUAAUACAGCAAGUUAUAAUAAAUUUCGUAAUAAUGCACAAAUAGAUGGUAUUAUAAUUCCAAUUAUAAAUAGUUCAACAAGUAUAUUUGCUGGAUUUGUUGUGUUUUCUGUUUUAGGUUUUUUAUCAGAUAAGACUGGUAUCCCAGUGGAAAAAGUUGCAACAUCUGGUGCUGGUUUAGCUUUUAUAACAUACCCUCAAGCUGUUUCAAUGUUACCAUUACCACAUUUAUGGGCUGCAUUAUUUUUUUUAAUGAUAUUUUUAAUUGGAAUCGGAAGUCAGCUUUUACAACUUGAAGCUGUUAUUGCAACAUUAAUCGAUGAAAUUCAUUUUCUAAGAGAUCAUAAAAAGAAAGUUACUCUUAUAUCAUGUAUUGUGUUCUUCUUAUUGUCAUUGUUAAUGAUUACAAACGGUGGAAUCUUUAUAUUACAAUUAAUUGAUUGGUAUUCGGCUUCGAUUUCAGUAAUUUUAAUAUGCAUUAUUGAAGUAAUAAUGGUUUCAUAUUUUUAUGGAAUAGAAAAAUUUGCAAACGAUAUAAGCUUUAUGUUACACAAAUAUCCAUCAAAAAUUUGGCUUUGCAGUUGGAAAUAUACAACACCAUUACUACUAAUCUUUUUACUUGGAACGACAAUUAUUUUUAAUCGAAAUGUUUCUUAUAAUAAUAUUCCAUAUCCGGAAUGGGCUAUAAUAAUUGGAUGGUGUACAUUUGCAUCAUCAGUCAUAUGCAUUCCAAUUUAUAUUAUUUACUUGCUAUGGUCAGAAGAUGGAUCAUUUAAAGAUAAACUAUACCGAAACUUGAAACCUUUUGAUUGGACGCCAGCCAAAGAUGAAAUGAAAUUUUCAUAUCAACAAUUUUGUGCUGGGAAAUAUUCUAACAGUGUAUUGUGAUAUAUAGAAUUAUUUUGAAAUUUUUUUUAAAAUUAUUUUGUUAACUUUAUUU